AUGGUUUGUGAUAAAAAGGAUAGGUCUGAAAAUAAGCCAUCGGUUUCUACUAAGAGGACUGUUGAAAGUCUGGAAGUAGAAGAACCUAAGCCUACAGAUGACGAAUUGAACGUUAACGGUCUGAUAGACGAAAGUGACAGUGACGAUGAAGACGAAGACGAAGACGAAUUCCAAUCUGCUGAAGAGGGUAUAGUAAGUUCUAAAUUUCAAGAUCUUGAUGAAAGUGUAGCAGAUGGAGGGUCGGACUCGGACGCAGACUCGGAUGCAGAGUUUAAUAAGUUAUUGGCGGUGGAUGAGGGAGAUGAGGCAGAAUUAGAAUACGAUUCCACUGAUUUCUCAGACGAUACGAGUUCACUACGAGACAAGCUUUCUGGUUUCAAAUCGAAAACUAUCUUAACUGAUGAUAGCAAUGUUAUUGAGACUAAGUUUUCAGAUGGUAAACCUAGAAUAAUCAAACCUGAGAUCAAUCCGGUUUAUGAUAGCGAUGAUACAGAUGGGGAAGCUCAAAAUACCAUUGGUAAUAUACCGUUAUCUGCGUAUGAUGAAAUGCCUCAUAUUGGUUAUGACAUCAAUGGUAAAAGAAUUAUGAGACCUGCGAAAGGUUCUGCAUUGGAUGCACUCCUGGAUUCUAUCGAACUCCCUGAGGGCUGGACUGGGUUGUUAGACAAGAAUUCUGGUGCAUCGUUGAACCUAACCGACGAGGAAUUAAAAUUUAUAGCCAAGAUUCAGAACAAUGAACAAACAGAUGAUUCUAUUAAUCCUUAUGAACCAUUGGUCGAUUGGUUUACCAGGCAUGAAGAAAUUAUGCCUGUGACUGCUAUUCCAGAGCCUAAGAGAAGAUUUAUCCCAUCAACAAGCGAAGCAAAACGUAUCAUGAAGAUAGUUAAAGCUAUCAGGGAGGGUCGUAUCAUUCCACCAAAGAAGUUGAAGGAGAUGAGAGAGAAGGAAGAUGCGGAAAAUCAUAAUUAUGAUUUAUGGGAAAAUUCUGAAACCACCAAUGAUCAUAUCAUGAAUUUAAGAGCUCCAAAGUUACCUCCUCCAACUAAUGAAGAGUCUUAUAACCCACCUGAGGAAUACUUACUGACUCCAGAAGAGAGAGAAGAAUGGGAAAAGUUGGAUCCAAGCGAGAGGGAAAGAUCAUUUAUCCCUCAGAAGUUUGGAUCUUUAAGAAAAGUCCCUGGGUACACCGAAUCUGUCAGAGAACGGUUUGAGAGAUCUUUAGAUUUGUAUUUGGCUCCUCGUGUUCGUAAAAACAAAUUGAAUAUUGAUCCAGAGUCACUAAUUCCAGAGCUACCAUCUCCAAAAGACUUGAGGCCCUUCCCAAUUCGCUGUUCUACCGUAUAUCAGGGACAUACGGGUAAAAUCCGUGCCCUGUCCAUUGAUCCAAAUGGUUUGUGGUUGGCUACUGGAUCCGAUGAUGGAACGGUAAGGAUAUGGGAGAUUUUAACAGGAAGAGAAGUCUACAAGGUUACCAUCAUUGAUAUUUCAGAGAACAAAGAAGACCACAUUGACGCCAUUGAAUGGAAUCCAGAAAAAUCUAUUGGUCUGUUGGCUGUAGCUGCUGCCGAAAAUAUAUAUCUGAUUGUACCACCUAUCUUUGGAUUUGAAAUAGAAAACAACAGUAGGCUGAAGGUUGAAAAUGGUUUCGGUUUUGAUACUUUUGGUAAUACAAAGAAAGCAAAUCUAAAUGUUAACUCAGAUGAUGAGGAAGACGAUAGUGCGGGUGAUUCUAAGACAUCUGCUGUGAAUAAGCAAGUGGCUCAAUGGAAUAAGGCAACCCAAAAACAAAUAGAGAAUGACAUAGCAAUUGUUAUUACUUGUCGGAAAAUCGUAAAGAAACUCUCCUGGCAUAGAAAAGGUGACUACUUUGUUACGGUGCAACCUGAAUCUGGCCAUACCUCUGUUUUGAUCCACCAGCUGUCUAAACAUCUGACUCAAUCUCCUUUUAAGAAAUCCAAGGGUAUAAUUAUGGACACCAAGUUUCAUCCGUUUAAGCCCCAAUUAUUUGUAUGCUCUCAGAGAUACGUUAGAAUUUACGAUCUUUCGCAACAAGUGCUAGUAAAGAAGUUGUUGCCUGGAGCUCGUUGGUUAUCCACCAUUGAUAUACAUCCUAGAGGUGACAACCUAAUUGCAUCUUCGUUUGAUAAGCGGGUAUUGUGGCACGAUCUAGAUCUCUCAUCGACCCCAUACAAGACUUUGAGGUAUCAUGAGAAGGCUGUCAGAAGUGUUGCUUUCCAUAAGAAGCUACCGUUGUUCUGCUCCGCUGCUGACGACGGAACCAUACACGUUUUCCACGCCACUGUUUAUGAUGAUAUGAUGAAGAACCCUCUCUUGGUGCCAUUGAAAAAAUUAACAGGCCACCAACUGGUGAACAGUCUGGGUGUCUUGAACACCGUCUGGCAUCCAAGAGAAGCCUGGUUAUUUUCAUCAGGCGCUGACAACACAGCCCGUUUGUGGACCACUUAA